AUGAAGCUCUCCGGACUUUGGAGUUGCGCCUUGCCCGGGUUGGCACUCGCUGGCCUCGCAUCACGCAGCGCACAAUACGGUCCAAGCGUAACAUUGGGCCAGGGCACCCUCGUCGGUAUCACGACUCAGAUCGCAUAUGCCGACGCCAAGGUCAACAAGUUUCUUGGAGUACCCUUUGCCAUUUCGCCGCCGAGGAGAUUCGAACCGCCUGAGCCUGUGCCGUCGUCUUCGAAGACGUUGAGCACGACCCAGUGGAGCGCAAAGUGUAUUGAGCAUGCGGACCCUAGUAUACUCGUUGAUGACGCAGAAGAGAGCGAAGAUUGCCUCUAUCUCAACGUCUAUGUUCCGGAUACGCCGACCCAAGACAAGGCUGUGCUAUUUUGGAUCUACGGAGGUAGUCUCAAGUUCGGCAAUGCGGGCCAGCCUGCCUACGACGGCUCCUUCUUCGCAGCCUAUGAGGAUGUCAUUGUGGUAGCUGCAAACUACAGAACUAAUGUGUUUGGCUUCUCCAACUCACCAGAGAUUGAUGUUGGGGACAACAAUGUCGGCUUUAUGGACCAGCGGCUUAGCUUAGACUGGGUGCAGCGGAAUAUCCGGGCCUUUGGAGGCGAUCCUGACAAGGUGACAAUUUUUGGCGAGAGCUCAGGGGCCUCUUCCGUCGACAGGCUCGUCACAUCGCCACCACACCCUCUGCCCUACCGAGCCGCUAUUCUCCAGAGCGGGCAGGCCAGUGUCAGUCCGGCCCCACCCGGUAACGGCGAGGUGAGCUGGGAGAAUCUUGUCAACGCUCUCGGCUGCAACAAAGCCUACAGCGAACUGGCCUGUGUCCAGGCAGCCGACCCUUUCAAGAUCAAAGCCAUUGUCAGAAAUCUUUCUCUACCGUUCCCUCCCAUCAACGAUGGCGUCACGCAGAAGCCCACGCCGCUCUUGAAGGCACGGGAAUCCGGCGAGGCGGCCCCCGUACCUAUACUGUUGGGCUCAAACGGCCUUGAAGGAUCCCUCUUCGUGCAGCCGUUCGUGAAACAGCUGCGCGACCUCCCAAGCGACGCGGCCGCAAUCGGCCUUGUCGAAGAGGCUCUGGGGAAUGUACUAGGGUCGGUACUCAAUAGAUUCCUUGCUCCUGUGUCUCGAGGAGUGACACUGGUUCUAUUCAACCUUCUGUCGAGAGCUCUCACAGAUGUGCUGUAUACUUGUCCCGCGGCUCUCGUGACAAAAGCGUCCGUCAGAGCUGACAACCCUACCUGGCGAUACUACUUCAAUGCUACGUUUCCAAACACCCAAGCCCCUCUCGUGCUCCCGGAAUACGGCAUCGACAACAUCGGCGCGUAUCACGCUUCGGAAAUCCCCAUCGUGUUCGGAACGUAUGGCAUAUACGACAAGAACGCCCCCUCGACGGAGGAACAGAAGGCGUUGAGCCGGUACAUGCUGCGGUCAUGGGCCAGCUUCGCCAAAAACCCUGACGGCGGCCCCGGCUGGACACGAGCGACGGACAGGAAGCAGAGCACAGUCGGGUGCCUCGGCUGUUAUGAGAACCCAGUGGGCGUGGCCGAGAUCAGCAGCACCAGGACGGACGGGGCCUGUGGGCUGCUGAACAUGGUAUACACGGCGAGGGAGCCGCUGUUUUAG